AGUUGCGCGUAGCCCUGCCUCCUGGCGGCCACUUAAUGACCCUGGAGGGCACAGAAGACAACCGGACUCUGGUUCGCAUCGAGAACAUCCACCAGGACCUCACCGUCAACGUGUCCGUCACGCACCUGCUGCACUCGUUCCUGCUCCUAGAUGCCCGUGAGACGAUGCUGUCGGCACAUCAGUACCGCAGCGAGGUGCAGCGGCGUCCGUGGACACAAACAGAAGGAAAGUAUGUGGCUCCCGACGAGUCUGCCUACCUCAUGCAGCAGGUGCACGGAAACAUGCUGGUCAACAUUCAGCCAGGACAAAUCCGCACAUUCUUAGCAGCACUCAAGGCUUUCAGCCUACCGACAGCCUCCAGGGUGCACCAGUGAGAACCAUAGAUGAAGUCAACGGCGAGGUUGGGGAGUUGUUUAAGAGACUGAGUCAAGCAUAACAGCUGAUAAAGUGUCUUAUAAAUACUCUUGAGUACUAGUGUCUCUGGCACUAUUGUUUAUGCCAGAGACUCUGGCAUAGUGUCUAUGGGAGUUGCAAUGCAUGGCACUUUAAACAGCAUGGGAAUGAUGGGCAGGACACGAAUUUGUCUAAACUUUGUUAUUUCGGCCUCAUUUGGCUUCAUGUGUCUUGCAUUCCCCUUGUCCCAAAAUGCAGUUCAGCAAGCGUUUAGAAGUUCAAAUUCACUACCUUGACCUUUUUAAGCUAAUUCAAAUCUGGCAGCGAAGUUCACGCCAAUCCAUUCUUUUAUCUGAACAAAUGUCAAAACAACAAUCAACGAAGCCACA